ACUGUGUACACUGUGCACCUGAAUGGAUUUACUUCUUGAGCCGGUUAGACUACGUGUGCACCACAGUAGUGCAUGUUUCAACGUGCUGUCAGACAGCAAGCACUGGAGCAGCAUCAAUACAGUCGACUCAGAAUUGCUACCGACUGAUCAUGGCUGAGUACAAGCUAGAAGUGACAACAGGUAACAUGACAAACGCAGGAACGUUUGACCACAUGUUUGUCACCUUGAUUGGAACUGGAGGCAAAAGUGAGCGGACUGAGCUGGACAACUAUGGCGCGGACUUUAAAACUGGGAUGACAGGGAUUUACACAGUGAAAACCAGUUUGUCUCUGGGGAAACUUCUGCUGGUCAAGGUGGAGAAGGAUCCUUUCUUGGUUCUCCCAGAAGACGAGUGGUACUGCUCCAAAAUAGUGGUGACGACUCCGGAGGGAGAAGUUGUCCUCUUCCCCUGCUACAGAUGGAUCUCCAGGGGAGAGCUGGUGGAGCUGAGAGGAGGGAGAGCCGUGAAGAUAUUUGAGGAGGACGAUCCCGUGUUGAUUGAGAAUCGCCAAAAAGAACUGAGUCUCAAAAGGAACUUGUACCAAUGGGAGAUUAAUGACCCGAAGCUGCCACACAUCAGUCAUUUCAAAGAUGUAUCUGAGCUCCCAGCUGAGGUCUCCUUCUCCGCGUCCAGAUUAAUGGAAACGCUUUACACAAAAAACAUUACUCGUGCUGAACUCAUGUUUAAGGGGACACUCGGAUCUAAAGAAGAAUGGGAGAACUUUGAGGACAUGAAGACAAUGUUCUGGUCCAAAACGACAACGAUCUGGGAAUAUGUUGCACAACACUGGAACGAGGACGACUUCUAUGGCUUCCAGUUUCUGAACGGAUUCGACACCAAUGUUAUCAAGCGCUGCUCAGAGCUUCCCCAAAACUUCACAGUCACAGAGGAGAUGGUAAAGCCGUUCCUGGAAGGGGGGAGCUCCCUGCGGAAGGAAAUGGAAAAAGGCAAUAUAUUCCUCUGUGACUACGAGAAGAUGGAUGGAUUGCCCACCAGGAUGUAUGAUGGUCAGUCUCUGCAUGUGACUGGAGGUUUCUGUUUGUUCUACAUGAACCCAGAGAACAAACUGAGGCCGAUUGCAAUACAGCUGCAUCAGCAACCUUCGAAGGAGAACCCCAUCUUUCUGCCCAGUGACUCAGAGACGGAUUGGCUACUCGCCAAGAUGUUCAUUAAAAAUGCCCAUAUGAUGCAGCAUCAGUUGGUCUAUCACUUCAUGAGAACUCACCAUGUGGCAGAAGUCUUUACCGUCGCCACUGUCCGCAGCCUCCCCGUGAUUCACCCCCUCUACAAGCUGCUCAUCCCUCACGUCCGUUACACUCUCCAAAUAAAUACUAUGGCCCGCAAAUCUAUUGUUGGACCUGCUGGCAUUUUAAAUAAGACUUCACUUGGAUUCGAGGGGAUGAUGGAGCUCAUGAGAAGGUCUCUCUCUGAACUGACCUACAGCUCCCUCUGUCUGCCAGAGAACAUCGCUGCACGAGGACUGGAGUCCAUCCCCAACUUCUACUACAGAGACGAUGGCCUGAAGCUGUGGAACAUCAUCAGCAGCUUUGUGAAGUCAAUAGUGGAGUACUAUUACCCCUCAGACAGCGAGGUCUGUAAAGACACUGAGCUGCAGGACUGGAUCAGUGAGAUAUUCACACACGGCUUCUUAGGAGACAAAGCCUCAGGGUUCCCGGCAUCCUUUCAUACCGUCAAGGAGGUGACCAAGUUUAUCACCAUGGUGAUCUUCACAGUGUCGGCUCAACAUGCUGCAGUCAAUAAUGGACAGUUUGAUUACUGCUGGGCCCCCAAUGGUUCGCUCCUGUUGCGCAAACCUCCACCAACCACCAAGGGCGAGUCAAGCAUGAAGACAAUUUUGGAGACCCUCCCAAAUGUUGGAGAGACGGUCACGUUUUCAGCAGUGGGGUGGAUUCUCUCAAACAAGUACACUGACAUGGUUCCCUUGGGUACCUACCCGGAUGAGCGAUUUGACGAGCCUGCACCUAAGCAGAUGAUCAAGGACUUUCAAGCUGAGCUGUCCUGCCUCAGUGAGGCAAUCACAGAAAGAAACUCCCAGCUCAAAGUACCCUACACAUAUCUGAAUCCCAACCAGAUAGAAAACAGUAUAACUAUUUAACCGAACCAGACAAAGCCAUGUUAGCCUUCUGCAUUAUAAACAAAUACCCAUCCCUUUUCAGCACCGUGUUUCAUAUUGGGUUGAUUGGGUUAUGCAAUGAAAUCAAACUGUUGGUACAAUAAAAAUGCAGGAAAUCUCAACAUUUAUCUGCUUGCAAGACAAUUAACAUGGAAGAGUUUCAACCUGCCUGUACAGCUGAUGUUAGAGGCUGUAACAGUAACUGAUAUUAUUCAUAAGUAUGCUGUGUAUUCAAUAUCAAUGCGUUAAUAACGCAAGUGUGUUACUGUACAUAGGGUGCAAAUGGUGAUAUGUGAUAUAUCUGUCUAUGUACUAAUGGAGGGGCACAAUUAUAAACGUUUUAUUGAAGGCAUCAUCUCCUUUGUUUGCUGUUCAAAUUAAAAUGGAACGUGAAUCAACAAUGUAA